GUGCGGCCAAUGAUAAUAAGUACGUUACGACCAUAAUAGUCUGAAAGAUGUCAACCAAUGAUUUCCCGAACUACCCAAAGUCUUUUCAGAUUGUGCCCUCUUGUAGUAGAUAGUAAUGCCUGAGAUAUUUGGUGAACCGCUUGACACAGUGGUCCCCGACGACUUGACACUCCCCCAGUUCAUCCUCGAUUCCCAUCAUCCACGUAGGCCGGUCCGAACCAAUACACCGUGGUUAAUUGAGGAUGAGACUGGGAGGAACAUUGGUUUGGACGAGAUCCGUGCACGAACCUUCGGAUUUGCCAAUGGACUUACCUUGCGCUAUGGUAUUAUCCUUAUCUUUAGUCCUAAUCACGUUGACUAUCCACCCGCAAUAUGGGCUACGCACCGACUGGGUGGAAUUGUUUCCGGCGCAAAUCCGGCAUAUACUACAGAGGAACUUCUAUACCAGAUCCAGGUUGUGAAAGCAACUCUGAUAAUUGCGCAUCCGUCCUCCUUUCAUACGGCUCUCGAUGCUGCACGUGCGGCCGGCAUACCUUCUGAUCGAGUUAUUACCUUUGGCGAAUCGACUCAGCCUACUGUAGAGAGUAUCAUUCAGCUUGGACUCAGCAACGAACCUGCAUUUGUCGAACGAAGACUCAAGAAGGGCGAGGGAAAGACCAAGGUCGCGUUCCUAAACUUCUCCAGUGGCACAACAGGUAGACCCAAGGCAGUAGUCAUUGCACAUUAUGCACCUAUUGUCAACGUCAUACAGAUAGCGCAGUAUACAAAGGUGACCGAGAAUUAUGCUCCUUGGGAGGAGCAACGGUUCAGACCAGGUGACAUAGCUGCUGGAGAUAUCUAUGGUCUUGUAUUCUCCAUGUCGAUGGUAGUCAUUCCAAAAUUCAGCUUCACAGAUUUCUUGAAGAGCAUAGAGAGGCACCGUAUCACUCACCUGACGUCACAUCCAGCAGUCAAGGACUAUGACCUGAGUGGCAUUCGAUUCUUGAUCUCCGGCGCUGCACCUCUUUCAGCUGAAUUGAUCGGUCAAGGUUAUGGGCUGACCGAAUCAUCUACGUCAAUUACAAUGUAUUCGGUGGAUCAGAAAAUAGGUGUCCCAGGUAGCGCUGGACAGUUACUUCCAGGUGUAGUUGCCCGAGUAGUCAAGCAUGAUGGUUCUCUGGCUGGCUUCAAUGAGCCAGGUGAAUUGAGAGUCAAGGCACCUUCCUUGGCGCUGGGAUACUGGAAUGACGAAAAGGCAACAAAUGAGACAUUUGUCGAUGGAUGGCUUUGCACUGGAGACGAGGUCAUCAUACGUGAAGACAAGGAAGUGUUCAUCGUUGAUCGAUUAAAGGAAAUUAUGAAAGUCAAAGGAUUCCAAGUAGCUCCUGCCGAGCUAGAGGGAUGUAUUCUAGAUCACCCUGACGUCGCAGAUGCGUGUGUCGUGCCCGUUCCAUUGGCGUUCGUCGUGCUUCAUGCAUUCACUGCGAAGCGUGUGGUGAAAGACCCUCGCGAAGCAGACAAAGUAAAGGCUUCUAUAAUGAAGCACGUCGCAGACAACAAGGUCGCGUACAAGCGUCUAGCGGGGGGCGUAGAAUUUAUAGACGUGAUACCAAAGAAUCCAAGUGGAAAGCUACUAAGACGGGUGCUUCGUGACCAGGCCCGGCAAUUGAGGGCAGAAGAGCUCAAGGCGAAGCUGUGAUAUGUUUGAUUCUGUAAUGGCAAUCUAUGAUAAAUGAAUAUCAUUGCGCACCCAAU